AUGUCUACUUCACAAAAGAUUUUGAAGUUGAAGAGUAGAGAUGAUGUGAUAUUCGAAGUUAGUGAGGCAGCCGCGUUUCAGUCAGGGAUGAUAAAGAAUAUGUUGAAAGACGAUGGUGCAGAUGAUGCGAUUCAUAUAGUAGAAGUGGAGAAGCGUGAUGUGAUUCCGAUACUAGAAGUGGAUGGCCGAUUCUUGGCGAUGGUGAUAGAGUACUGGAACAAGCAUUUAUCUGAAAAAGCUAGCGAGGAUGAAAUUAAGAGAUGGGAUGUUGAGUUUGUGAAUAAAGACCAAUCACUUCUCUACCAUCUCAUCAUGGCAGCAAACUAUCUUGACACACCAGGUUUGAUAGAGCUUCUGUGUUGGAGAGUUGCAGAAAUGAUAAAAGGAAGGAAACCAGAGGAGAUUCGUCAAACUUUUAACAUCAAGAAUGAUUUUAGCCCUGAGGAUGAGGCGGAAAUCUAUAAGCAAUAUGCAUGGGCAUUUGAGUAA